AUGCAGGUUCGCACCUCUUCUACAAAACUUCCGACAUGGGCGUCUCGGGCCAACAGAAGCCAUACCUAUACCAACACGGAUGCCAGCCUGGCCAUCUUUCCCACGGAGAGAAGUCGUGUAAACGCGAUCGAAAUCAAGGGAGCGAAGACGACGAGGGAGGGCGGAAGCCUGACAAAGCCUGACAUGGUGUUUGCUCUCACGCACGAAGGACAUCUUAGCAAGUCCGAGGCCACUCCUUCGUACACGAGGUACUGCGCUGAGUACGUAGGCCCCACAAUCCCAGAACAACGGAACCUAGAUCCCACUAGAGUUCACGGGCAUUUGUCGCAUGGUCUCAUGCUAAUGGACGUCGUCCAUGACAACUCUCCCUUGUUGGGAGACAAUGAAUACCUAAUACAAGUAUAUACAACGGAUGGGAACGGCCUGGUUGUGCCCCGCAUCCCCGGAGACCCGGUCUGGGGGCUCUGUUCCUCCGUGUCUGACUCCCCGGCCGGGGAAGCACAUCCGGCGAACGAUUCUCAAAAUUCCAAACAAAAACCUGUCCUCGGGAUUGGAUUCCCUCCCAGCCACACAACACCAUCCAUGCAGCAAAACGAAUUCUCGCCCACCGCAUCCACCGCAGCCAGUCAAGCUAUUCCUCUCAUCGCGGGUCAGGUACCUUGCGCAUGGAAUAUGAUGUGUCUCUCAUCGCGACACGGAAUGAAUGAAUGCGCGGGAGAGAGCCGCUGA